ACACACAGUACGCAUGCGCUUAGAUGCAUCAGUAAACGUUGUAGGAGGUGUUCGGUAGUUGUUUUUAUUGUUGAACUAUGUAAGAUUAUUAAAAAAAUAGUGAAUUAAUUUUCUUGUGCAUAGUGAAGUGCAUCCUGAACUAUCGUACACAUAUUUCAUAUUGGAAUUUACAUAUUAUCAACGGAAAUGAUUAGUUUCCAUAUACGUGAAUUUUAGUGUGUCAAUCAUGGCCGCCCGAAAAAAUUGACGAACAAUAUUAUGAAAUAUAUUAUUAUAAUGUAAAUCCAUUGUAUUUUGGUAUCACAUUGAUUAAUUGUUACUAAAAAUCGAUACAUAAUAAAAUGGCUGAACCAAAUUUUCCAAGAAUUCCAAACAUUAUGGUUUUCCGUCCUACCUGGGAGGAAUUUAAGGACUUUUCCAAGUAUGUGCAGCACAUGGAAUCAAAAAUGGCUCACAAGGCUGGAUUGGCAAAAGUUAUUCCUCCUUCAGAAUGGGUGCCCCGCAAGUCUGGAUACAACGUUGACGACCUAAAAGUGACUAUUCCUGCCCCAAUUUGUCAAGUCGUCACCGGUAAACAAGGACUGUAUCAACAAAUUAAUAUUCAAAAGAAAUCAAUGACUGUAAAGCAGUACCAAGAACUGGCUAAUUCGGAACGUUAUGCUACUCCGAGACAUUUCGAUUACGAAGAUUUGGAAAGAAAAUAUUGGAAGAAUAUCACUUACGUUGCUCCUAUCUACGGUGCUGAUGUUUCUGGAAGUCUGACAGAUGAAAAUGUCAAUGAAUGGAAUAUAAACAGAUUGGGAACAAUACUGGAUUACGUUAAUGAAGAUUAUGGCAUUUCUAUUGAAGGAGUUAACACUGCUUACCUGUAUUUCGGUAUGUGGAAAACUACAUUUGCCUGGCAUACUGAAGAUAUGGACCUCUACUCGAUAAACUAUCUUCAUUUUGGAGCACCAAAAACUUGGUAUUCCAUUCCACCAGAACAUGGUAGAAGAUUAGAAAGACUUGCAAAUGGAUUUUUCCCAAGUUCCUACAAGACCUGUCAGGCUUUUUUGCGGCACAAAAUGACAUUGAUCUCUCCUCAAAUUUUAAAGCAGUAUUCAAUUCCUUACAACAAGAUCACUCAAGAGGCUGGUGAGAUCAUGAUAACUUUUCCCUAUGGUUACCAUGCAGGAUUUAACCAUGGUUUCAAUUGUGCCGAAUCUACAAAUUUUGCACAAGAACGUUGGAUCGAAUAUGGAAAGCGUGCUUCACAGUGUACAUGCAGUAAGGAUAUGGUAAAAAUUUCUAUGGAUACAUUUGUUAAACGAUUUCAGCCACACAGAUAUGAGAAUUGGCUAAAAGGGGAAGACGUUGGUCCUCAUCCGGAAGAACCCGAUAAGAAAGUUGCUGCACCACUGCCCCUUCCUCAGGACAUUCUGUGCAAUAAGAAUAAUCCCUCCUUGCCGCAGACUUACCUAGAGAAUCAGAAAGGAGGCUCGAAGAAGGGUGGAAGAAUGAUGGCCACUUUUAAUCCUUUCAGUAUGGCUGAGUUCCCGCCAGCCCUACAAUUGGAGUUGAUGGAAGAGGACAACAUGGGAUUCGCAGCCGACGAACUACCACCUGACGAGCAGCAGCUUGAGGUUCUGGAGGAUAUUUGGCUGAAAGCUGGUGAAAUAGAAGCAGAAGACGCAUCGGUAUGCGACGCCGGUUAUAACGUGAAGAAAGGACGCAGGUUCCAGAAGAAAGUUCGACGUGGCAGGAAGAAAUUGGAGGAUCCCUCGUGGAAGCCCAUAAUGCAGAAAGACGGCGACAUAGCAAGUAAUGAACUUACAGGAUUGUAUGCGCCGUGUGACAGCAAGGAUAAAAAGGUUUGUGGCAAAAUUGUGAAACCCAUCAAGGAUCAAAUGGAUACUUCUGAGUUAGUAAAGACUCUUCUACAACAAGAAACUGAAAUGCUGAUGAAUCAACGGAAGAAACACAAGCACAAAGAUAAAGAAAGAAAAGACAAGGAUCAUCAGCCUAAGAAACAUAAAAAACAUAAAAAUGAAGUUCUGCCUGGAACAACAACUACUAUUACUACUGCCUCUACUACACAUCCCUUAGUGAAAUUUGAAGAGCACAAAUUAGCAGAUUCACAGGAAACAGACCAUUCAACGUUUGAAGGGGUAAUAGGUAAUUCUGAAGACACACAAAAACCCGGUAACUUAGAAACUAGUAAAAAAAUCGAAGAUAUUAUUCGUGCGGCAGCCGAAGAACAUGAAAGCAACCUUCUUAACGAAACUCCUCCUCUUCAACCUAUUCCACCACCUUCAACCACUUCAACACCUUCAACCACUUCAACACCACAGCCAGUAGCUUCAACCUCACAAACUCAGGAACCUAGAGCAGAAAUCGCCAUGGAUGAACCUCAAACUUCCAGCUUCAAGAGUGACUUCCUGAAAACAUACAGAAGACCUAAACAGGGGCCUGUGGUUCUACCUAACAAAAUAGAAACUAUAAAAACAUCAAGAGGCGUUAUAACCGUUGUGGAGCCAGAGCCUGUAAUCCCUAAACCAAUACCAAAGACUGUACCAACUUAUACGCCUCCCGAACCAGAGCCCAAACCAGUUCUUGCCAAACCUGCCGGGUUUGGUCCUAAUAAGUUUGAAGGAGCUUUCUUGGACUUUUUGAAAAAGCAAAAUUUUCAAGAGCCGAAACCUCCCAAGAAAAAUGCCACACCCAGAGGACCUAGAACACCUAAAAAUACUAAUAAAAGUGCAAAGGUGGAUGAUAAAACAUUACCUACGAAUAUUUCGCAGACGAUAUCGUCACUUCCAAAAGACAUUAGGAUAACUCCGACAAAUGGACCUGCGACAGUUUCAAGCAACCUAAAUACAAAUACAAUCCAGAAUAUUUCAACUGCGCAGGUUCCUACACUUGAAAGUCAGCAACCUAUAGUCAGUGCACAAAUACCAUUAAUGGUAGAUGCACAGCAAGUGGCUAGUACCAAACAAGUUUCCAUGACUAAUGCUAACCAGGUUUUAUUAGCUCUACAACAGAAUUUUUCACAAGAGACAAUUCAACCAAAUACCAGGGUUCAAGAACCCUCACUACGACCGAAUGUUCAAUGCACGAUAACAAACAGUCAACAAAACAAGUCCUGGACCAACGUUUCCUUAAAUGGAACGCAACAGAAAAAAUCCGUGGACCAACUUGUGCCACUUCGGCAGGUAAACGACCAAAACCUUCAGCCAACAUCACAUGUGCCUCCAUUAGCGUCACAUGCGUCUCAAACAACGUCACAUGCCCCUCAAGCGACGUCACAUGCCCCUCAAGCGACGUCACAUGCGCCUCAAAUGACGUCACAUGCACCUCACAUGACGUCACAAGCGCCUCAAAUGACGUCACAUGCGCCUCAAGUAACGUCACAUGCGCCUCAAAUAACGACACAUACAUCUCAGCUGCUGGGAACUAUACAACAGUUACUUGUAAAUCGGUCUCAGUCAGCGGAAGCUUCUGGACGAGUCGUCAUUAAUACUAUCGAACCAGUGAAGACAAUUCCAGUGACUACCGAGGUGGCAUCCGUGAAAAAUGUUAUUUUAAAUCGCUUCAUCAAUACAGAAGUGACUCCCGUUGUAAUUCAAGUGCAAAAUCCGGUGGCAGUACCUACGAUAUUGAACUCGAAUUUUGUUCCCGAAGCAUCUAUGGAGCCGACCCAUGGUACUGCAGGUCGAUCUUUGGUAUUCCAGUCAGACAUCUCAGGUUCUGAGGUGGUUCUGCAACCCAUGCACAACAUGGAGAUUCCUGCCGACACCACUGUAAUGAAGAUGCCAGAGUUGUCAGUUCCAGGACCGGAACCAUACACCGAAUACGAGGAUAUGCCGAAGUUGGGAUCGCCAGCAGUUGCCACAAAGGUUAACCUUACGGAAAUCGACAGGCGGCAAGAAGCCGUUAAGGGUUUGCUAGAUAUGUACUCUGUGAGUAUAGAAAAGACUGCAUCCCCGGUUAUAGAAAAAGAGACUAUUCCCACCAACAAAAAGUACAAACCAAAUAGUAUUUGGAAUAAUUACAACUACUAUACUACUUAUAGCUGUACGCAGACUAUUUAUGAUAACAAAGAUCGGUUUUAUCCAAUGAGUGAUGCUCCUAUACCAGUCGCUAGUAAUAGUAAGGUCAUAGUUGAGGCACUUCCGCCUCUUAAUGAUAUAGAGACGUCUUUGAGUGAGGAACGUGGAGCUACAGAUGAAGAUAAAAGUACAAAUGUAGGUGAUGGAUACGUUAAGGGUAGAGUUAGUUCUUCGUCUGUAGAUUCCAUAAACAAUUUAAAUUCUUUUUUAUGCGAAGGUAAAGAUAAAGUUAAGUCAGUGGGGAAGAGCAAUAAAGACAAAGAUUGUUCUGCAGUAGAAGGUAAUCCAAAAUCUUCAAAAAACGGAAAAAUCGGAGGAGACGAUAGUCUCCUCCGAAAUAAUGUAACUGCAGAAAUAGAGGAAAAAAAUAAUAAGCAAAACUGUGGAGGCUCAAGCAAUCCCCAGACAGAUUGUAGUACUAAGAAAAGAAACAUAUUGUGUCAUUCCAGUGGCAAUACAAACGAACCUGAAGAUAUAAGUGACGCAGUGGCUGAUUUCGACAAAAAAACUACAGCUAGUGAAGUGACAACCUCUAUAGACUACAGUGAGGAGGUCAAAGAAAACGUUAAUAAAUCUAAGGAUAGUGCAAUGCAAAAAUUUAAGAACCGGGCAAAGCAGUCGUUCAACAAAAGAAGAUCUAACUUGAAGAAGAUAGUCAAAAUGUUCCAAAAUAACAAACGAACGGGGAUGAGGAAGCGACAGUCCAAAGGUAAACCCAGGGCGUACCUGUCGAGGGUAAUGCUCGGUGUGAAAAAGAAGAAGAAAUCCAGAAAGAUCGAGCAGUCGCAAUUCACGAUCGUGAGGAACAUGUGCGAUAGCCUGAAGAAGAAAUUCAAAUUGGUUCCAUCCAAGAAGAAACAGUUGGACAACGAAGAGCCGAGUGAAAACCUCGACUACCAAAAAGCUGUUUUGACUCCUCGCGAGUGUUAUGUAGAGGCUAAGGAUAUUUUUAGUGAUUUAAGUGAGGACAUUCAGCAGUACUUGAAGUCUGGUUUGACGCUGUUCAAUGCUAGUUCUAUUCCGCUGGACGAGUGUGCCAGUUCGAUGUGCAGCAUAAUGGCAGGCACUGAUGCAAGCAGAGAGAUAAAGUCUUUCGACGAGGGAGAAAUCGUCUGGGCAAGACACAAAAACGGAAGAUACUACAACGCCAAGGUUAUAGAGACCAAACCCGAGACUCGCCUAUGUGUUUUCUUUCCAAUAGACCAGAGUUUUUCCAAAGACAUCAGACUGAGCGACGUCGUUGGAUUCGAAACGAUGACUUCUCCGAGGUUGGGCGAACGGAUACAGAUCCGUUGGGUCGACGGCAAAUUGUAUGAUGCCGAUUAUUUGGGCAGAUACGAAAUUACCACGUUUACGGUAUUAUUCGAAGAUGAAUCGAAAAAUCAUCUUCAACAGGAUUGUAUGUUUGGUCUAAGAGAACAAAACGUCCCAAAGCGAAUACAAUCGAAAAUGGUGAGUAGUUGUCAUAACGUUGCUGCCAAAGAAGACGAAUGACCCUCACAUCUGAGAAUCUUACGCCAGCGCUAUGAGUCACCGAGAACAUCUAUACGAUUUAGAGCGACAAUUGCCAGAAAAAAGGCCCGUUAAACGGAAGCCCGUUAAAAGUAUUUAUUAAAGAAAAUUAGUUUUAGGGAUAAAGUAAAGAAAAUUAAAAUUUUGUUUUGAAGACUGACGUUCAACAUUAAUAAAUACACUUUUUACAUACUUUUUCCGAAUCGUGGUGAAAGAACUCUUAGAUAAAAUUUUAGUAGGUACAUUCUCAUUAAAGUUAAAGUUCUUUAUACAUAAUUAUUAUUUUAUUAAUCGAUUUUAUUAUAAUGAUUGUCUUCAUGUAAGUGUGUGUGUGAUAAAAUAUUUAUUUUAUUUCGAAAUGUAAAUAUAUAAGAGAUUGUUCUUAGUUUAUCUUCAGUUUCUUGUAAAAAAUAAAUAAUUGUAUCAUAGAGUCUUGUCAAAAGUAUUAAACUGUUCUCACCGCUUA